AUGGACUGCAGAAAGAUUGGUGAGAGGUCCGCUAUGGACUGCAGAAAGAUUGGUGAGAGGUCCGCUAUGGACUGCAGAAAGAUUGGUGAGAGGUCCGCUAUGGACCGCAGAAAGAUUGGUGAGAGGUCCGCUAUGGACUGCAUAAAGAUUGGUGAGAGGUCCGCUAUGGACUGCAGAAAGAUUGGUGAGAGGUCCGCUAUGGACUGCAGAAAGAUUGGUGAGAGGUCCGCUAUGGACUGCAGAAAGAUUGGUGAGAGGUCCGCUAUGGACUGCAGAAAGAUUGGUGAGAGGUCCGCUAUGGACUGCAGAAAGAUUGGUGAGAGGUCCGCUAUGGACUGCAGAAAGAUUGGUGAGCGGUCCGCUAUGGACUGCAGAAAGAUUGGUGAGAGGUCCGCUAUGGACUGCAGAAAGCUUGGUGAGUGGUCCGCUAUGGACUGCAGAAAGAUUGGUGAGAGGUUCGCUAUGGACUGCAGAAAGAUUGGUGAGAGGUCCGCUAUGGACUGCAGAAAGAUUGGUGAGAGGUCCGCUAUGGACUGCAUAAAGAUUGGUGAGAGGUCCGCUAUGGACUGCAGAAAGAUUGGUGAGAGGUCCGCAAUGGACUGCAGAAAGAUUGGUGAGAGGUUCGCUAUGGACUGCAGAAAGAUUGGUGAGUGGUCCGCUAUGGACUGCAGAAAGAUUGGUGAGAGGUCCGCUAUGGACUGCAGAAAGAUUGGUGAGAGGUCCGCUAUGAACUGCAGAAAGAUUGGUGAGAGGUCCGCUAUGGACUGCAGAAAGAUUGGUGAGAAGUCCGCUAUGGACUGCAGAAAGAUUGGUGAGUGGUCCGCUAUGGACUGCAGACAGAUUGGUGAGAGGUCCGCUAUGGACUGCAGAAAGAUUGGUGAGAGGUCCGCUAUGGACUGCAGAAAGAUUGGUGAGAGGUCCGCUAUGGACUGCAGAAAGAUUGGUGAGAGGUCCGCUAUGGACUGCAGAAAGAUUGGUGAGAGGUCCGCUAUGGACCGCAGAAAGAUUGGUGAGAGGUCCGCUAUGGACCGCAGAAAGAUUGGUAAGAGGUCCGCUAUGGACUGCAGAAAGAUUGGUGAGAGGUCCGCUAUGGACUGCAGAAAGAGUGGUGAGAGGUCCGCUAUGGACUGCAGGAAGAUUGGUGAGAGGUUCGCUAUGGACUGCAGAAAGAUUGGUGAGAGGUCCGCUAUGGACUGCAGAUCAUCUCCAUCAUAUUAG